AUGAAGAACAGCACGCUUGUGGCGAUCCUGGUCGUCCUCCAGGCCAUCAUGGUCAUAGGAAUCCUCUCACACGCCGCCGAUGACAAUUUCCCCAAGUGCUGCGACCACUGCAACUCCUGGUCGGGGUACCAAUUCUGUGACGACGUCGGCCCCAGGUGCCGCGACGGCUGCGUCAACUGCCACGUGGUGGAGACGAGCCCCGUGAAGACGUUCCGGUGUGGAGAUGGACGCCCCGUCCUCGGCGGGCAAGGCACGCCCACGCCCUGCCCACCACCGUGCAAAAAGCAUUGA